CCUCCUUCAAAACGUUUCUUCAUCUCUCCACCUACCUCACCUUAUCUACUUCUUCCAAGUAUCCCAAUCAACUCUCUAACACCCUUCACAAUGUCUGGAUUCAAGGCCGGUGACAGCUUCCCCGCUGACGUUGUCUUCUCUCACAUCCCCUGGUCUGAGGAAAAGGGCGAGAUCACCUCUUGCGGUAUCCCCAUCAACUACUACGCCUCCAAGGAGUGGGCCGACAAGAAGGUCAUCCUCUUCGCCCUCCCCGGUGCUUUCACCCCUGUCUGCUCUGCUCGCCACGUCCCCGAGUACAUUGAGAGACUUCCCGAGAUCCGUGCCAAGGGUGUCGAUGUUGUUGCUGUCCUCGCCUACAACGAUGCCUACGUUAUGAGCGCCUGGGGCAAGGCCAACGGUGUCAAGAAUGACGACAUUCUUUUCCUGUCCGACCCCGAUGCCAAGUUCUCCAAGAGCGUUGGCUGGGCCGACGAGGAGGGCCGCACCAAGCGUUUUGCCAUUGUCAUCGACCACGGCAAGAUCACCUAUGCUGCUCUUGAACCCGCCAAGAACCACCUCGAGUUCUCCAGCGCCGAGACCGUCAUCAAGAACCUGUAAAUGCACUAAUUAGAACCGAUAGACAGGGCAUGUGCUUAGUAGAAUGCAGGCGUAUUCCACCUGUGGGGUAAUAACCUGCAAAGGCAGA